UUAGCAUAGCUUUCAUCGGCUUUCAGAAGCCACAAACUGAAAGUAGGCACACUGGAUGUCCAAAAAAGACAACAUGAAAGGCUCUAACUUGGACUGAUUUUAAUCCUCUCUUCCCCUUUAGUUAAAAGCACUUUGAAAAGGGAAAAAGAUAAACAUGUUUUCGAUUGAUUUUCCUUCUGUACUGUUAGAUCUUCAAGGCUUCUAACCCUCUACCUCCUUUCCUCUAUGCGCUGUAGAUCUCCAAGCUGAACUUUAAAAUGAAAUGUUAUUGAUUCUCCUAUGUCAUGUCGAUCUCCAAGCAUUUUUAACCCUCCUUUUCUAUAGAGCUCGAUGCUGGACCAGGCCAAGCUGCUGCACAUUUACCUGUUUACCCCUCAGGGCUGCCAGGAUGUCACCAACGGUGUUAACCACCAGAUGGUGACCUCUGACCUAUGGAAGCCUCCCCCGGACCCCAGAAGGACKGUCUCCCUACCCCCAGUUUCCUCGACACCAUGGUCGCCAACAUGGUGGGUCAGCUUACCCUCGACAGCCCAGCCUGCAGCCCUAUCCCUGUCUCCACAAAGACCCCCAGCCCUCUGGAUGGUGCCGGGGACACGUCAAAAGUGCUCACCCCCACUUUGGUCACCUGCGCUUGGGGAGAGAAGCAGCUGGCGCUGYCCCUUCUCAUGGAGCUUCCCCAGGCAGGCCAGAACAUGGACGUUUACGUGUCUGUGGCCUGUCACCCGGGACACUUUGUGCUGCAGCCGUGGCAGGACCUGUACAAGCUAAUGGGAGCGAUGGUCCAUUACUACAACCAGAGGGAGGAGACGCCGGGGCCCGGAGAUGUACAGAAAGGCCAGGUAUACGCCGCCAAGGUGGACCAUAAGUGAGUGGACAGAUUAGGGCUUGGAGGCCUCCACAGUUUUUUGAUUUUAUACAAAUGAAAAAAGCCAGUCACACACUUGUGUCUGGAAUGAAGUCUGUUGACGUCAUUGUGUUUUUAGUCSUAGCUGAUUUAUGGGCUUUGUUUUGUUUUCACAUGGCUGAGGCAAUAUAACUGUUAGAGAAGAAGCCCCUGGUGGCCCAUGUGGAGCGUGGUGGAGGCGGAGCUUCCCUGGGACAGGAAGGCCCCAUUUCAGAGGAGAGACAUCUGGUUUCACAAMGUCAUGGCUGACUUYCCAGAGGAGCUGAGUACSGCCCCGUAGAACCGGACUGGACAGACAGAACGCAUAAGACUGUGGUAUCUGUUUCUUAUGCUGCACAGGUAGAACUCUGCCAGAGUCUAUCACAUAUGCUGAAAUGAUUUACAGCACUGCCUGCAGCAUAUAACUGUUGGUAUSCCUUUCACUUAUUCCACAGGUCACAAAGAUCUGCCAGUGUCACGGGUCAUUGGGGAGCCAUUGAUGUAGAACCGCAGUCUUAUCAGCUUAGCAGUGUCUGAAGCAUAGAACUGAUUUUUUUUCCUAUCAUAUGUGGGGGGGGGUGAAUUAUUAUCAUAUGUGGGGGGGUGAAUCUAUUUGCAGUU